CCCUCCCCUCGGACUGCCCUCCUCUUGGCUGGACUCGCCUUCCAGUCCUCCGAAGGGGAGGGUGACUCGCUUUGGAGCCCGCCCCUGGGACUCGGCGGGUGGCCUGGGCGCUCGGAACGUGAUUUGCUGUGGCUUGUGGUUUGCUGCGGCUUCAGCUUAACUGCGGCUGCAGGGCUAGAGUCCGAGCGGUAGCGAGAGACCCCAGUAGGAUGCCUAUGCAUUUCAUCUUCUCCAGUGAGGUGGAGCUCCUCUUUGAUUUCUGGAGGGUCCACAGUCCAGCCGGCAUGGCUGUUUCUGUGCUGGUGGUCCUCCUUUUGGCCGUAUUGUACGAAAGCAUCAAGGUUGGCAAAGUAAAGUUGUUCCACUGGUCCCUGCACAGCCAUCCCCCAAACGACAACCAGCAGCUGAUGGAGUGUAUGGACCAGGAGUCUACAAGCUCUGGGUCAGCUCAGGCCAACAGUGACCGAACCAGGUUGCUUCUGAGUCACUUGGGCCAGUCUCUGUUACAUGUCGUCCAGGUGGUCAUUGGCUACUUUGUGAUGCUGGCUGUGAUGUCCUACAACACUUGGAUUUUCCUUGGCGUGAUCCUGGGCCUAGCUAUUGGUUACUACUUGGCCUACCCACUCCUCAGUGUGGGAUAGAGGGCAGGAUGGGCUCCGAGGCUGCUGGAUGGUUGUUCAGGCUCGACGAGUUGGAGAGUACCUUCUCUUCUUUACUUAGUGAUGAAAACCCCACCAUAUUCAGAAGCAGGCACUCUCACGACAGUUGUUUUACAUCUCCCUUAUCUUCCUCCUUCUGUGGCCUCUUAGUUUGAGGUACAGAGGGCCUGGGGGGCACAUGUGCCCUCCUUCCUUGGGCUGGCCACAAUGGCCACCAAUGGUGUUUACUGAGGACCUCUGGUGGUGGUUCUGGCUAAAUAAAACCUUGCCUAGACUAUGCAAAAGCCGGAGGGAAGGAGAGGGGAGCCAGUGGAGCCCAAGUGCUGAUGACAUUGCUGAUCGUGUAACCUACUCAUGUAUUUCCUGACUUGGGAAGGAAGGAAGACUAUUUCAAAAGGGAUGGAGGGAGGGGCAGGGCUCCAGACAUGCUCUCCUCCCUCCUCCGUAUUGUGCCUUAGUUCCAAUGGAACAAGUCAUGCAGGGUUAACUGCCUUCCUCUGUCUGUGGGAAUAGGGGAUAUACCAGCAUUUCAAACUCACCUCUCUGCCUUAGGAAUGCUAGAAAAUUGAAACUAGGUCGUGUGUGUGUGUGUGUGUGUGUGUGUGUGUGUGUGUGUGUGUGUGUGUGGGUGGACUGACCUGAGAUUCAUUUCCUCCAUUCCUCCUUCCCCAGCCCCGGCCCCCCAAGCCCCCAGGUAACCUGCCUUGGGUAUUGUUAGAACAAAUAAGGUUUUUAAAUGGAACACUCUCCCAUCAUAUUCAUAGUGAUUCAAAGCAUGGUGGUGUAGAUGGUGCCCAGGUAGUGGAGUACUUGAGUUUGAAUCCUGGCUCUGAUACUUAGUUGCUUUGUCAUUUUCCCACUUUGGGCCUCAGUUUACCCAUCUGUAAAAUAAAAGGAAUGGGUUAGAUUAAAUCUGUCAAGUAUCUUCCAGCUCCAAAUCUGUGAUCCAUUUCCUUCUUUUUCUGAGGGAACACAAUGAACCAAUUAAGUUAAAUGAUGCCGAAGGAGACGUUUUGAGGACUGAAGAGCCUGAAGGGGAUGGGGACACCCAAAGGUCUGAAGGAGCUGGAUCUCAAGUGCAGCAGAAUCCACCGGCAUUCACCUGUGCCUUGAAAUGACUGACUCUAGGCUUCUAGAGUUAACUUUAGCAACUGCACAUGGUCUGUCGGUGGCAGAUGCAGGAAUGUUACCCAGAGCUCCUGGCUCAGGCAGGGCUCCUUCCACUGGACAGCACUACCUCCUUGCUGCUUAGAUGGAGAAUGUGAGGUUGUACCAGGGAAGCAGGAUAGAUCUAGCUUUGCUAGUGGCCUUAUUUGUCUGGAUAGAUAUUGAUGACCUCCCUUUCUGUCAUCUUAUUCCAAUUCUUUUCUAAUUCAGAAAAAGGUCAGUGUCAUUUAAUAACCUUCAAGAUCUCAUUUUUCUUCACUAUCUCUCUUUACCCUGUGACUGACCUGGCAGAGAAAACACACUGGAUAUUCACUUAAAAUAUUCAUUAAAGCAUCCUAGUCUGCUGUUGGACAAAGAUUAAAUCAAACCUAAGCCAUUUAUUCCUGCCCUGAAGGAAUUUAUGGUCUAAAUAAAAAUGUAAUUUAUAUUUUAGCAUCUAGUUAAAUUCAUUUAAAAAAAGGUGGAUUAAAAAAAUGUUACUUUGAUUAUGCCAUUUUGGGGAAGAGUGUGGCGAACAAAAAAAAGAUAGUAGCUGUGGAAGCAACAGAAGAGGAGGGAGAAGGGAUAGAAAUAAUGAACGGUAAGACUAUCAUAAAAGAAAAUCUUAGACCAGUGGAUUCAUCUCAAGUAAUGAAAUUUAUUUUGUUAAAUGAAUGGAAUUUCAGCUGUCUAGCUGGUCUACCUACUUAAGGCUUUCCCUGGGUCUCUCUACUUCCUGAGGGUCAGCAGAACAGGGAUGAAUGUCGUUUAGGAAGAAGAAAUGAGUUCUGAUGAGAUGUCUCUAGAAGCUGCUGUGACAUCAGUCUUUUGAUCCAGCAGCUUAAUGCUACUAUCUACGGAUUAUAGGGCACAAAUGAACCUCCAUCUCCCUUCUUGACUUUAUCAUGGUUCCCAAGGGGCAGGAGGGCAGAUGGGGCUGGAAAGUUGUAUUUGACAACAGAGCCAGACUUACAUACAGGUAACUAGGCAAUACUGGUCAGGUUACUGGUAUGAUGGGACUUCAGGAAUACCAAUACAAGUCAGUCACAACCCUGCCCCCCAAUGCUUUGGUUUUCUGUCGAAUAAUUAUUAAUUAAAAAUUUUAAUAAUUAAACAUUUGAAAUCAUUAGGAAUCAGUA